AUGUGCGAAUUCCCUCCACGGCUGAGCUCAAUGCAUUUCUUCGCAGAUGCAUUCAUUUCCAUUUGUUUUUUAACACGUCUCUUUUAAUGACAAUUUGUUUAAAUUUAGUUACUAGGUUAGUUAAAGUAACAUCAAAACUAUUUUUCGUUGACAGUUACGCUUUUUCAGUGAAAAGUCCAGUAAUUAUCAGUAGAAAAAUCAGCUUUACCGGCAUCAACAAAUCUAAAAAAAAAUUUUCUGACAUAGCAAAAAUGGCAAUAGAUGGAAAUAAACUGUCGUGGAAAAUAAACAAUGAUCGAAUUAAAACAGAAUCUAAAGAAUUAAUUGAUGUUACUAAAAAGAUAUAUGAUAAAAUAGGAUCGUUAAGACCGUCAGAUAUAAACUUCAAGAAUGUUAUUAAGGCCCUGGCUGAUAAUGAUUGUUGGUAUGCAGUUAAAAGGAACAAUAUAGAUUUUCUGCAACAUGUUUCACCAGAUAAAGCUUUGCGGGACGUUAGUAUGGAAGCAGAUAAAACACUUUCCGAAUUUGACGUAGAAAUGAGCAUGCGACAAGAUGUCUUUGAUGCUCUUAUUACGUACCUAUCAAAGUAUCCUAAAGAGGGGUCAGAAGAAACAAGACGAUAUGUUGAAAGACAAAUUAAACUUGGAAAACGGAAUGGUCUUCAUUUAUCAAAAGAAAUUCAAGAUAAAAUUAAAGCUCAGAAAAAAAGAAUGAGUGAUCUGUCUAUAGAUUUUGGUAAAAAUCUGAAUGAAGAAAAUACAACUCUAGAAUUUACUGAAGAAGAACUAGUUGGCUUGCCUGAAGAUUUUGUUAAAAGUUUAGAUAAGGCAGAUAGUGGUAAAUUAAAAGUGACCUUGAAAUAUCCUCACUAUUUUCCUUGUAUGAAAAAAGCAAGAAAUCCAGAAACAAGGAAAAGACUUGAAAUUGCUUUCAAUUCUCGGUGUAUGAAAGCAAAUGUUCCUAUAUUAGAAGAAUUAAUCAAACUAAGACAUGAGAAGUCUCAGCUUCUUGGCUUUCCAAACCAUGCCAGUUUUGUGUUGGACAUGAGGAUGGCAAAAUCACCAGAUUCUGUGGCAACAUUCCUAGGAGAUCUUGCCAAAAAAUUACAACCCUUAAAAGAUGCAGAAAUCAAAUUGUUUCUAGACUAUAAGAAAGAAGAGUGUGAGAAAUAUGGUUACCCAUUUGACAAUGUAUUAAACAUGUGGGACUUUCGUUACUACAUGACAAUGGUGGAAGAGAAAAAAUAUGCCGUCGACCAGAAUAAACUAAAAGAAUAUUUUCCUAUGGAUGUUGUUACUAAAGGACUAUUAGACAUUUAUCAGGAAUUGUUAGGUUUAGAAUUUAAGAAAAUUGAAGCAGAAGUAUGGCAGGAAGAUGUUACCAUGUACACUGUAACAGAUAAAGCUACUAGUGAAUUAUUAGGUUGUUUUUAUCUAGAUCUAUAUCCCAGAGAAGGCAAAUAUGGUCAUGCUGCUUGCUUUGGUUUACAGCCUGGCUGUUUGUUACCAGAUGGAACAAGACAGAUAGCUAUAGCAGCUAUGGUAGCUAACUUUACAAAACCUACAGCAGAUCAACCGUCUUUACUUACUCAUGAUGAGGUUGAAACUUAUUUCCAUGAAUUUGGUCAUGUAAUGCAUCAAAUUUGUGCUCAGACUGAAUAUGCUCUGUUCAGUGGUACAGCCGUAGAAAGAGAUUUUGUAGAAGCACCAUCCCAGAUGUUAGAGAACUGGUGUUGGGAGAAAGAACCAUUAAAUCGUAUGUCCAGCCAUUAUAAAGAUGGAAGUGCUAUACCAGAUGAAUUGUUAGAGAAACUUGUAACUAGUAGAAUAGCUAAUGCUGGUUGUUUUAAUUUACGACAAAUUCUAUUAGGAACCUUUGAUCAGACUAUCCAUACUAGAUCUCAGGCUGACACAGCAGCUGUAUAUGAUAAGCUGUGUAAAGAAAUACUAGGUAUAGAUGCAACACCAGAUACUAACAUGCCAGCUACAUUUGGUCAUAUGGGUGGUGGCUAUGAUGCACAAUAUUAUGGCUAUAUGUGGAGUGAAGUAUUCUGUAUGGAUAUGUUUUAUUCCCGGUUCCGUAAAGAAGGUAUAAUGAGUUCUAAAGUUGGUGCCGACUACAGAAAUUAUAUUUUGAAACCAGGAGGUUCUUUGGAUGCGGAGGUUAUGUUAAGGAACUUUUUGGGUAGAGAUCCACAACAAGAAGCAUUCUUAGUAAGCAAAGGUCUGCAAUAAUGAAGACAAUUUUGAACUAUGUUGUUUGUUUAUGAUAAUUUGUUAUUCAGGACAUAAUCAAAUAAUAAAGUUCGAUUUUCAUUACUGAGAACUGUUUUUUUAAACUUUUUAUGUAAUAACGCCAUCGUAAAUGUCUAUUAUUAUCAAUUAUCGAGUGGGCAAAGUCUACCUUUAAAUGUUCUCGUUAACAGUUAGUCCAACCUGUCCAACAAUUCUAAGAUCUGAGAUCGAUAUGUGGUCAAAAUUUGAAUUAUUUAUAUUAGAAGAUACUAUUAUCACCUGGAAAAGUUAGUCCUUAUAUCCAUUCAAAGAGCAUCCUUUCCGCUUUUUGGGCAGUAGGCAUACAUUGUACUAGUAAAUCUAUGUAAAAAAAAUAAAAACAUGCCUGAACUACUGUUACUUCUUGAUUUUAUUUGAAAAUAUUUAGUAAAUACAGGAAUAGACAAUGUCAUGAUCAUUAUUUGAGUGGGAAAGAAAACAAUCUGUUUAAUCAAUUGUUUUGUUUCAUACUAUGAGUGUUUGUCCUCAUUUGAUGUAACGCUUACACCACAAGAGUGAGUUUCCUAAAGUGUUAUUUGUAUUAUAAAUUUAUAUCCUGUUAAAGCUGUAUUCCAUCAGAGAAGGAAAAAUGUAUUAACUUUUAUUUCACAAGUAUAAAAGGAUCUUUUUAUCUGAUUCAAAUCUAAAAUUACUACAAUAUAGACUACAUGUCAUUUACUAAUCAUGAACUAUGACCCAUGACCUCCUGCACCUUAAAGGUUUCAAUUAUGAUGCAAUCUUUCUGUAAUUUAUAUUGGUUGUCAAUCUAAUUAAUUUUCAGCAAUUUUUGAUAAACCUUCACUGUUA